CCGAAUUGUUUGCAGUGCCUUAAUUACUGCAUAUGUUCCUUCGUGUGAAAGACAGCUUUGGUGUCUGGGAUUUACAGAACUACGGAGAGUCGGAGAUCCCAAAAUGUCAUCAUUCAGUAUCAUCGCCUCAUUGACAGAGGAUCAUUUCCAGUGUUCGAUCUGUCUGAACAUCUUCAGCGACCCAGUCACUACGCCGUGUGGUCACAACUUCUGUAAGACCUGCCUGAGCGAGCACUGGGACAACAGCGAGUUAUGCCAAUGCCCAACAUGUAAUAAAAGAUUCUACAUGAGGCCUGAGAUCUCCACAAACAUGGUCAUCGAGGACAUUUCAGUCCAAAUAAAGAGGAGGAAAGUGGAGACGCUUGAAAGCGUUGAUGCACCGUGGCAGGUGAAGUGCGAUGUGUGCACAGAACUGAAGUUCAAGGCCCAGAAGUCGUGCCUGGUGUGUCUGACGUCAUACUGCGAAGCCCACCUGGAGCCUCACCACAGAGUCCCUUCCCUCGUCAGACACAAGCUGAUCGACCCGGUGGAGAACCUGGAGGAGAGGAUGUGUGAGAAGCAUGAGAGGAUCCUGGAGCUUUUCUGCCGAGACGAGCAGGUGUGCAUCUGUCUGCUGUGCAGUGAGACAGACCACAAAGACCACGACACAGUGUCUGUGGAAGAAGAAGGGGCUCAACAGAGAGUGAAUAUUGAGGCCAAAAAUGCAAAGAUCAAAAUGAUUAUUGAGGAAAGAAUGCAAAAGAUUCAGGAAUUUACAGCUUCCUCCGAAAUGAGCAGAGAGAAAGUACAGAAAGAGAUUGAUGCCAGUGAAAAGCUCUUCAGUGCUCUAAUGAAUCAAGUACGAGACAUGCAUACCAAAAUAAAAUCGAACAUACAGGAAAAGCUCAGGAAAUCACAAGAAAAGGACAAAACGGUGAUUCAAGAGCUGCACGAGGAAAUCACAGAACUGCAGAGGAAGCAGUCGGAGCUGGAGGAGCUGUCACAAAAUGACGACCACCUUCAACUUCUGCAGACUCUGAAGGCCCUGGACACCAUAUCAGAUGCCAAGGACUGGUCAAAAACCAGGGUUUACUCAGACCUGUGUGUGCAGACAGUCAGGAGAGCCAUGUCUCAUCUUGUGCAGACUUUUAUAGCAGAACUGAGAACUCUGACAAACACGGAACUGACCAAAAUGAGACAAUAUAAAGAGUCAGUCACCUUUGACCAAGCCACUGCUGGCUGCGGCCUUAGGGUGACUCAAUUUGGGAAUUUGAGGUGCUACAGACCUGCAAGUUCAUCAUCGUCUGAUGACUUCUUUGAUGAGAGGUUUGACUUUCCCAUGAUUUUGGGGAAGAAGGGCUUCACCUCUGGACGGCACUACUGGGAAGUCCAAGUGGGCCUUAGAAGCAACUGGGAUGUUGGUGUUGCCAAGGAAACAGUGAACAGAACAGGGAGGGUCAGCCUGAAAAAAGAAAAUGGAUUCUUUGCCAUAGGAAAGAGGGGUUUUGAUUAUCAAGCUCAUUGUACACCCUUCACUGCACUCCACCUGUGUCCCAGGCCAAAAUAUGUGGGAGUUUAUUUGGACUAUGAGGAAGGCAGGGUCUCUUUCUACGAUAUUAAUGAGAAGCUGCACAUUUUCUCUUUCACAAGAGAAUCUUUCACAGGGAAACUCUUCCCCUACUUUUAUCUGUUCAGCAGGGCAAAGAAAUCUGAGCCCUUGAGUAUCCUCUAACUUCUAUGCAAGAUCCUUUCUCUCAUUCGCUCCCUCGAGAAAGCUAUAGAUAGUAUAGAACUGUUGUUACGUCAAAACUCACAAUUUCAGUGUGAGCAAUUGAAAUCUGAACAUCAUUAAAGGCUAAGCUAUGAUAGCAGCAACAUAUUGUGAAAUGACCAGCAACAACUAUGCACCAUAGACUAUAUUGUACUGGGGUGUAGUGCUUUUUAGUCUUAAUAUUAGUAGAGCCUUAUUUCAGUCUAACACUGUGCCUAGGAAGCUUGGCAUGAGUAGCACAUUAGCACAGCAGCAGCAUCUUCAGUCCUCUUGAUAUGUGUACACAGGAUAUCUUAAGUACUGAGUGUAGGUCAGUCACUUUUUGGCAGUGCUAAGAGCCAUGAAUGUGUGUUUGCAUCAUUACUGAAAUAAACAUUUUGAAUGGU